AUGGCUACCGAGAAGCCACCACUUAAGAAACGGUCUGUUGUAUCGUCAUUCAUCUACAAGUAUGUUGACGAGAACGGCGAGCGGAAGCCGAAAGUUGCCCUCUUCAGGCGUAGCGACAAGGUCAACACCUACCAACAUCGUCUAGCCGUUAUAUCGGGUAGCAUUGAGAAGACGGAUCCAUCUCCCCUAGUUGCUGCCUGGCGAGAGCUUCAAGAGGAAACUACACUCACAGCGCAGUCUCUCGAACUUCUGCGCGAAGGGAAACCGUAUGUCUUGCCUGAUGAGGAUAUCGGACGAGAGUGGACCAUCUAUCCCUUUGCUUUCCGCCUGAAGGACCCUGAAGAGGGCGGCAAAGGCGAAGGCGGCAUCACGAUCGACUGGGAGCAUGAGAGCUGGGGCUGGUAUGACCCUUUCGAGGUUGUCGACUCGGAUGAAUUUGGCGGCGUUCCAAAGCUUGCCGAGUCUUUGAGGCGCGUAUGGUUCGAGAAAGACCUGGGUGAGGCUGCUGGCAAGCUGCUGGCCGAAGGUCUAGACAAACUGAAGCACGAUCACCAGAGCGGGGCGCGGCAGCUUGCCGGUGUCGCCUUGCAGACGCUGCGCGAUAUCAUCGCAACGCUCGAUUCACCUGAGCCGUCCGACGAAUGGUGGGCCAAGGUGAGGUUUGCGGCCUGGCAUAUCUGGAAGAAUGGGCGUGAAAGCAUGGGGGCCGCUAUUAUGAAUGCAUUGGUUUCGGCACUAAAGAGCACAGAAGAGACACUACGGCAGCACAAGGAACAUCCUGCUUCAGCCCAUUCCAUGAAGUGGCGCGACGCCGUCCUAGGAGACUUGGAGCGGCGCAUUUCUUUGAGGGGAACAGAUUCUGUCCGGAUAAUCUCCGAAUCGUUCGCCAAGUAUCUGUCUGAUGGCUUUGCGCCGGAAGAGGGCGCCGGCAGGUUGAUCAGGAUUCUCACCCUGUCUGAAAGCUCAACGAUCAUAGCGUGCCUCAAACAUGCCGUCCUACAUACAAAUGCUUGCUUUGACUUGAGGGUCCUGGAGUCACGCCCACUAUUUGAAGGCGUAUCACUUGUAGGGACGCUGACCAACGAGCUACUGGCUACACAAGCCACCCUCCACGAAGCUGAAGCUGACCCCAACGCUCCCCCAAAACUCAAGAUUACCCUCUUUACCGAUGCGUCGGCGGCACUUGCUUCCGUAGACGUCGACAUCGUCCUCAUUGGCGCAGACCGCAUCGCAGCUUCGGGUGCUGUUAGCAACAAGACGGGCUCGCUCCCGGCCGUUCUGAGCGCCAAGCACAUAUCUCCCAAGUCCAAGACGGUCGUCAUUGGUGAGUCCGAGAAGGUGGCUCCUCCUGGCAACCCGGCGGACCACGUCGUAGAGGACAAUGAUCCCGUGCAGCUUUUGCGGGCCUGGAAGAGUGAAUACAACAGCGAUCGAGUCAGGCACACCGCGGGUACGAUAGCCAGGGUGGUGGGGUCAGAGGUCGGCGGUGAGGCUACGUCAGGCGGCUUUGACGGCACAAAGGUAGCGGUAUCUAAUGUCUUUUUCGAGUGGGUCGGCCCUGAGUUGGUCGACGUCUAUGUCACGGAGUUCGGCCUCUGGACUGUGAAGGAUAUCGAACGACAUUCCGGCACACUGGGGUCGGAGGUCGACCGGCUUUUCAAAGAUAUUUGA